AUGGAGCCCGUUCCACCGCCAGUCAGCGCAGAUUUGCAGGCAGAGGCUCCCGCCUCGCCCCCUAAACCCUCGGGAGGGGCGCAGGACGCCGUUCCUCCUGGCGUGAAUGCCUCAGCCUCGCCGUCUUCAGCUAGCAACGCGGCUGCAGACCUCGGAAGUUCUUCUCAGCCAGCCGAGGGGAGCUCAGGACCCAAGAGCGCUCCUGCUGAAGCGUCUCUUCCCCCCGUAGGCUCAUCUUCCGUCCUUGCCGGAGGCUGUGACGCCGACAAUGGCUGCGACCCCCCCUCCGCGACCGCCCCCGUUCCGCCGGCGGCAGAGGGCGACAGAACGGGCUCGCGCGCGAGUCUGAAGGCUCCGGAAGCAUCGGGCGAGCGCAGAAGGUCGCGGCACGAAGCCCUGGAGACCGUAGUCGACGCGCUUGCGCACAUCAACAGCCCCUCGCAGUUCGCACCCCCCGCAGCCAACGCCCUGGCGGGGGCCCGCGGGGGCGGCGCGGGGGACCGAGCGGCCCCUGCGCCGGUGUUGGAGACCGCCAAGAGCAAGAAGCUGCAUUUGGGUUCCAGUCACCAGGCGUAUACCGGCCUCGAUCAGUGGCUCGAUAACUACGGCAUCGACAUUGAAGACCUCGGGCCGAACUUCCAGUCGGGGAAACUCACAAACGCCCACAAACUGGAUCUCGCCACGUACUCCUGGACGCAGGACAAACACGCGGACGUCAAAGGCGCCGUCGUCCUCUUCCACUCCUACACGUCGCAUGCUCUCUGGGACUUCAUGCGGCACCAGCCAGGGAAACGCGAGGUCAUUUCCGAGGUCAACACCCGCACAGGAGAGAGAGAGACCGUCGACCUUACCACAUGGGUUCCUCUCUACAGCGGAAGCUGGGUGGAGGCGUUUUGGAAGCAGGGCUUCAACGUGUACGCGAUGGAUCACCAGAGUCACGGACGGUCGGCGGGGUGGCGGGAGUGGCGGUGCAACGUUGAAAAGUUCGAUCACUUGGUGGACGACGCGCUGCAGUUCAUAAAAACAGUCGUGGCUAAAGACCCCGUUACCCCCGACAACGUGCCGAUCUACGUGCUGGGCUACUCGAUGGGAGGGAACAUCACGCUCCAGACGCUCGCGCGGAUUUUCGCGGACGACUCCGACGAAGGGAGACACCUGCAGGCGCGCGUCAGGGCGGCGGUGCUGCUCGCCCCGAUGCUGCGGAUUCUGCUGGACAGAAAAACAGCUUUCCUCGCGAAGCUCAACAAAAGCGUCAUCAGCUGCUGCAUGCCCAACCUUCGACUCGGACGCUCCACAGGCGACGAGGCGUACGCCUACCUUGAUCGGUGGUAUGAGAAAGAUCCGUUCGCAUACGGAGGAAGCCCAAAGUCGCGUAUGAUUGCGAAUCUGUACUCUGCGACGAUCAAGGCGAACAAGGUGAUCCGGACUCUUCCUGAGCAUCUGAAGGUCCUUUGUCUCCAGGGGACGGGAGACGCGACUGUGGACUAUCGGGCCGCACUCCUGUUAGCCAAGACGCGCGUGCGACUCGAUUUGAUGUAUCUCACGGGGUGGAGCCACUACCUGGCGAAGCAGAUCGGCUUCGAGCUCUUGAGAGACCUCGUCGCGGCCUGGGUUCACGCCAAACUCCGGACAGACACGCUGCUCUCCCCUACUCGCGACUCUUUCCAGAGUGCGUCUUCGGGGCUGAACGCGGCCGCGGACUGCGGGGCGAACGCCUGCACGCAGACGUCUUUCGAGGCCUUCGCAGUCCCGCCUCCGACUGUAGGGCAGGAGGCGUCGAAGCAGUCUCAAGGGGAACCUCCUUGCGGCUCCGCGAGCGCUGCAGCCGAAGAGCCAGAUGCACACCGGAGAAGGGAUGUGCUUGACUCUGCAUGA